GACCUGCUGUUUCCGCACGGACGGGUGAGUGUGCGGACCCAUAGCGCGGCGCGCUGUUUGUAAACAUCAGGUUAAUAAUCCUGUUUAUUAUUAUUAAUAAUCCGGUUUAAUAAGAGGAGAGAAGCGGAGCGGAGUCCGGAGCGCUGCUGGGUCUGUGUGUUUGUGUGUUUAAGCGCUGAGAGCUCGCGGUGACGGAUGGAUGGAUCCUCCGGUACUGAAGUGCUGGUCCGGCAGGCGGUGUCUCCGUACGUCAGGAUCAUCGCUAGCUCUCACAGUUCUGCAGAGAAAACCGACGCCCUCCACAGCCUUAAACACUAUCUAGAGGACGGAAACGCCUCGGCCAAUGAAAGAGCAGAAUUCAACCGUGCACACUACACACGAGUCCUGCAGGUACUGAUCAGCAAUCUCACCUCUGAUUGGUUCCACAGCCUGCAUGGUGAGGAGCGGAGGGAACUGUGGGAUGGGUUCUUCCUCCGAGGUCCUCCAGACCAGGCCCUGCUGGUGCUCCUGGAUACAGUCAGCUCCACCAGUGCCGGUUCUGGUCUGGAUCAGUGUGUCUCGGUGCUGGAGAGGUUUCUGAGUGCAGGUCGUGUUGAAGUGUUAUUAUGGUCUAAGUGUUUGGUGGUGAUUGGCGGCUCUGACUCCGCCCAGCUGAGAGAGACGGUCCUGACCCGCCUCUCGUCUCUGCCUGACCUCACCGCCAACCGCCUCCAAACACACACACCUUCACCCUUCCUCCCACCGCAGUACUACACACACCUCGCUGAGGAUGUCCUGAAGACCCUGGAGAAAACCUGCCAGGCUCUGAGAGGGGGUCAGGACUGCUCUCUGGGCUUCGUGGCUCAGCUGUUGGGGAAAGUGUGUAUGCAGGGGCACGGAGAGUGUGUGUUUGAGAUUCUGGCUCCUCGUCUCUCGUCUCUCACGCGCUCGGACGCUCUGUGGAGGCGCGUGAGCUGUAAACUGCUGGAGAACGUUCCAGAGCGCUGGAUAGAGAGCGUCAUCACUGCACUCAUACACCACCUGCACAGUGCAUCAGCGUUGUCUAGGUUAAUGGACAAUCUGGUUCUGAAGAAUAAGAAAGUUCAGUUUGUGCUCACACACAAACUCCUGCUGCUGCAGUAUCAGCACCCGACUCGGUUGUUGAGGAAUGUUCUGGGUUAUCUGGCUCUGGAUGUUGGGCGACGCCCCCUCCUAAAACAGGUGAUGCGGAGUGUGUGUCAGGUGUGGUGUAACAGCAGUGCAGUGAGACACACACCUCUGGAGCAGCAGCUGUAUGUGAGCAGAGCCCUGCUGCUGUCUGUGAGUCUGCUCAACCCUGCUGAGAUACCAGAGCUACGGGAAGUACUGCUGCAGUGCAUGCUGGGAGGAGUUCAGUGUCGUCUAGACAGCAGUAUUGAGCGCGUGCGGAGGAUGGGCAUGGUGGUGGGGGAGUGUCUCAGUCAGAAGCUGGACACGCCCACCUAUCAGCUCAAGUUUCAGUAUGAGGCAGAUGAGGAGAGCAGGGAGCUGCAGUCUCUCACAGAGCCUCAGUCUGAAGAAGAUCAGGAGGAUCAGCAACCUGCUAAUGAAGCACACAGACCUGAGCUGGAGACCAGGGGUCAGAGUUCAGAAACUCAGUCUGUGACAUCUUCACAGCCCCCAACAACCAAUCAGACUUCAGGACAUGGACGUGGCAGUGAUUCUGAGCUUGACAGUGAUGAUGAGCUCACUCCAUAUGAUAUGUCUGCUGAUCAGGUGAAGCAGAAGGUGGCUCCGCCCCGAUAUGUCAGAGACUGUCUGGAGGCUCUGAUGUCCUCUGAUGACCCAGAGAGGGUGGAGUUGAGUCUGCAGGCGGCUGAAGGGCUCCUGAGGAAGAACGUCAGCGCCACUCGAGAGGUGAGUGUGCAGUUCAGUAAGGUGAUGUUACACCUGGAGGACAGGUACAGCACUGCAGGAUUCCACACACUCCGACAGAACGCCAUGGUGGCUCUCACAGUGACGGACACACAGCUGGUUGUGGAGUAUCUGACUGCUGAGUUUUACUCUCUGAACUACAGUCUGAGACAGAGGCUGGACAUCCUCGAGGUUCUUGCUCUCUCCGCCCAGGAGCUGUCUGAGCCAAUCACAGAUAAGAGGGCGGGGCCUAGGCCUGUUUCUGCGGUGACGAUGCUGGAGCAGUGUGGGGAGGUGGAGCAUUGGCGUCAGGUUGUGGAUAAACGCAUCCAGAGCAAAACCAGACGCAUCAGCAAGGGUGUAUCUCAGCCUCCUAAAGCUACUCCAAACCGCUAUGCUCCUGUAGCUGGCUUCUUCUUCUUUCCACUACUGAGGAACUACGACAGACCACAGGUGACGUUUGACCUGUUGGGGAGUGAUCACCUGGUGCUGGGGAGACUGUUACACACGCUGGGACUCCUGAUGCACCUGGCCAUCAAUGCGCCAGUGGCAACACAGAUGGGGAAAGCUCUGCUGGACUUUGUUUGGGCCAUUCGCUUCCAUACUGAUCAGAUGGUGAGGAGGGGGGUGCUGUUUGCAGUGUGUGCUGUGUUUCUGAGCAUGCCCAGUGACAGUCUGCUGCUGGAACUGAGUGAUGACCUAGUGGAGACCAGGGCAUGGCUAGCAGAUGUAGCAGAGAGUGACCCUGACUCAGACUGCAGGAGUUUGGCGGUGCAGAGUUUAGUUCUUCUGGAGAAAAACCUCAAAACUCAUCUGCAGAGCUCUGCACUGGAGACGUGACCCCCACAACUCUACUGAUCCCACUGCGGUUCUGAUCCACUGAUCCAUAACAACUGCAGGAAAACUCCUCACCAUGGAGCUGUGUGUGUUUGUGUGUGUGUUUGUGUGAUGAAGAGAAUAGUUAGCCUGGAGCUAACUGUAGAUCUAAAUCAUCACACACACUUUCCAAAAACCUGUAAACUCUUAACACACUCUAUUAUGUGGUUUCUGACUCAGUGUUAAAGGACUCCUUGUGGGCGGAGUCUGAAGUUGAAGGGUGGAAAAAUGCACGGCUCCUCCUGCUGGCCAGAUCUUGCACGGCUUACAGUGAUAAAAACAACCACUGGCAUUAUAAUAAACAGUGAAAUUAAUUAAUUAAUAAAAAAAAA